AGCCUCUCUUGCACCAUCAAACACUAGAGACUAGAGAGUUGAGAGUAAUCUUUGCAAUGAAGAGCCUUGUGCUAUUUCUUUCAAUUGCACUAUUUCUCCCCUUAGCAUUAUCAUCAACUUUUUCUUCAGAUCUCCUCCUUCCCUCUGAAGAUUCCAGUAACGCAUAUCCUUCAGUACUUGACACUGAUGGCAAUCCACUCAACGUAGGUGUCAAAUACUUUGUGCUACCAUCUCUUAGAGGCAUGGGAGGUGGCCUUAUUUUGUCUAGAGUUGUUGACAAAAAUGUGAAAGUUUGCCCACAGGACAUUGUCCAAGACCCUAAUGAACUUCACCGUGGCCGACCUGUGGAAUUCUUUCCUGCAUACCCAGAUAAAACUGGUAAACUUAUUCUCAGAAACAACCCCAUAAAUGUCAAGUUCUAUUCCCCAAGUAAUACGUCACGUUGUGCCAAUUUUACUGUGUGGAAGAUGGACAAGAAGUAUAAAUAUGUGGUAGGUCGAGGGAAGCUAGGGGUUUUGAACAACAUAAGGAACUGGUUCAGGAUUGUGCCAUAUGGAAAAGAUUACAGGUUUGUCUACUGUCCUACGCUCUGCGUUCCUUGCAAGAUUAGGUGCCUUGACUUGUUCAUUUCUUAUGAGGAUAUGAAGCAGGGUGAGAAUAAAGUGAUUAGACGUUUGGCUGCCUCGGGAAAUGAACUACCAUUCUCUGUUAAGUUCAAGAAGGCAGAUUGACAUGCUCAAAUGUUCAGCAGCGUAUGUGUUGCUCUUGUUGUACUACUAGGUCUACUAGUGUAAAAACUUAUGUGUAUCAUGACUACAUGUCAAUAAUAAGAUCAAAGUCCUUUUGGACUGUUGUGUUCUUGAUCUGA